CACAACUUCACCCACGUGUUUUCCAUCGUGGUGCACCAACACCCUCACACACCCUCGUGCUCAACACACACCAACACUCGAACACACAACGAGCGAGGAUGGGCAGGCAGUCGUACAUGCUGUUUGCGAAGGAUCGCAUUGAUCCUCGCAAGAGCACAAAGGGCGCCAAGUAUCAGCACAAGAAGAAGAAGGAAGAGAAGGAGGGCAAGCAGGCACCAGCCAAGGAUGAGCAGGCAGAGGACCCUCAGCAGACCCACACGGCCAUCCUGAACAAGGUGCAGGCCAUCAGCAAGAACAUGGCCACGGUGGGCACCUUUGAGUCCGACGCGCGUCCAGCAGCCGCAGCCGACAAGCCAAAGCCCCAGUCAAAGAAGAGCAAGAAGAAGGCCAAGCAGCAGGCAGCCGCCAAGGCCCCGAAGCCCCUCAAGGCCGCCGACGCCGCCGCCGUCGAGGUGUGGGACGAGGACGACGUCGCCAAGAACAAGCUCGCAGCCCCCGCACCAGACGCCGAGGAGCAACAACAGCAGCAACAACAAGUUGGACCCUCAGCCCUGCGCUCCACAAAGCAGCUGUACGCCCUGCCAUCACGCAAGGAGCUGGAAACGCUUCGCGAAGCAGACAGCCUCUUCAAAUCCGGCCUCUUUCGCUUCCAGAUGGAAGAGUUGCUGAAGCACGUCAAGGCCGCCAAGGUCCCCGAGUACGUACAGGAGUGCGUCAACAACAUUGCAGACUCCCUCACCUGCUUUGAGACAAUGAAGCAGAUUAAGGUGCGAAAGAACAAGGUUGAUGGCAAGUACCCGGUUCCAUUCCAACCGCCGCUUCAUCCAAAGGACCUCGAUGGCGAUCUUGCGCUCGACCUCAAGCUCAACGGCGGGACCGAAUCCCGCCAAUGUGCCGUUGAGUAUGUUGGCAGCGUUCGCCGGUCGCUGCUUGCACAGCCGACGCUGGACGUGGACGUCUGCAUUCAGAUGCCGCGCGCCCUCCUGCAGCACCAAGACCGGAAGCGGUUUCGGUAUCUGUACAAGCGCGCAGCCUUCCUUGCACACAUCGCCGGCAUUGCCGCUAAGCUUGACGGCAUCCACAGCGUCACGUAUGAGCGAUUCCAGGGGGAUGAGCUGAAGCCCGUGCUGUGCAUCACUCCUCUCAAGAGCGCAGCCACAAGUGCGCGCCCGAAGCCGGGCCAGCGCAAGGCCGCAAAAGGCGCUGGCGACGACAACGACGACAACGACGGUAAUGGCAACACGGCAGAUGGCGAGCCGCGACCAAGCCGUUUCCGUAUUGUCAUCCACGCCAUCGCUCCAAAGGACUUCUUCAAGCCGAACCAGCUUGGCCCGAAGCACAACACACUCGACUGGCCAGAUCUGCACCUUCUGUACCCGCAGCACAAGGACCUCGACUUUGGCACACAAACCACAGGCACGGCGACGCCGCGGUACACGCUUCGCAUCUUGCAAGAUGUGCUGAUGAUGGAGCACGCAAAGUUUGUCGCCAACGCGACGAAGGAUCUUGGGCCAAACUUCAAGGAGGCCGUCCUCCUGCUCAAGACGUGGUUGCGCCAGCGCGGCAUGAACUCGCGCACAUUUGGCGUCAUGAACGGUUUCACCGCCACCAUGCUCCUCAUCCACCUCAUCCAGCAGCGACAGGUUCCUCGCGAGGCGAGCGCGUACCAGAUGGUGCGGAAGACAAUGGCAGUGAUUGCAUCAAGCAAGUGGAACGAAGAGCCGCUCGCCAUGAAGCACUACAUUGACGUUGGCGCUGUUCCGCCCCCAAUUGAGGACAUCCAGCAGGCCUUCCUCGUCACCUUUGUUGACCCGUCUGGCUUCUGUAAUCUCCUCGGCCACAUGACCAUCGGCCAGUACGAUGAGCUGCGGUUUGAAGCAGCGCGCGCCAUCAAACUACUCGACAGUGACGAAACAAACGCGUUUUCGUCGCUGUUCCUGUCGCCCGUUGACCCGCACUACAAGUUUGACACGAUGAUCCACGCGCGCCUCUCGCCUGAGGUUGUCAGCAAGUACCCUGCGCAGCUGCUUGACCGUGCCGGCAACUGGAUUGACCUUGCCAGCCGCCUCCUCCCCGUCCUGCUUCGCCGCGGGCUCGGCGACCGCGCACCCGUUGUUGUAGCGCUGCCCACGCCGCAGCAGCCGUGGAAGAUCACAGGCGCUCCGCCGUCGUCCAUCUUCGCCGCACAGGAGCAUGUCAUCAGCAUCGGCGUUCUCCUCAACCUGGAGACGUGCUACCGCACCGCCGACAUUCUGCCGUCCACGGACGAGAGCGACGUGGAGGCGUUUGUCAACUUCUGGGGUGACAAGGCCACGCUGCGGGCUCUGGCCGAUGGCUCCCUUCGCCACGGUGUCGUGUGGGACUGCGCGCCCCACCAGCGCCACCUGCUCGUCAAGUGGAUUGCCCUGCACGUGCUUGCUCGCCACGCCAAGCUUGACGCUGCGCACGUUGCCAUGCAGCCGUUCUUCUUUGAGCCCGUCCUUGCGGGCGCGGGCGUACCCGCUCCCGGCGCACUCGCGGCAGCGUCAUCGGCACCGACAACGGACGAAGCGCCAAAGCCCCGUGACGACAACGGCAUGGUAGCAUCGCGGCUUGCCUCCGAUGCGUUUACGGAGCUGGUGAAGAUGGUGCGGCGGCUUGAUCUCCCGCUGCUCGUGCGCGACCUGCGCUGCGUGUCGUCGACAUUCCGCCUCACGGACCCGUUCCCGCAGGCGGCCACGGCAGCCACGGUCGCCGGCGCUGCCGAGCACGCAGGGAAGGCGGUCAACACCAGCGGCGAGUGGCAGCCUGUCAUGGAGGCGAUUCUGCAGUUUGAGGGCUCGUCGCGGUGGCCGGACGACAUUGGCGCGCUGCAGCAGGUGAAGCUGGCGUUUCUCAUUCGAAUUGCGCGGCUCCUGGCGAAGAACAGCGAGAGCGGCAGCAGCGAGGCGCUGACGACGCGGCUGACACGCCAGUACCUCGAUGUGCACUUCCGCGGAUUUGUGUUCCGCAUUGUCAUCUUUGUGCGACAGGAGCUGACGCUUGUGCAGAAGCAGGCGGCGGAGUACACAUCAUCUGCAGAGCAGGUGCAGGGUGCCCAGCGAACAGAACUGCUUGCUGCUGCACAGGACAUGUCGUCACUGGCGCGUAUGAUGCGACGGGACAUGCUGGUGCUGCCCCGCCUCUCCGCCUGGAUCCGCGGAUUUGCUGUCCAGAUGGCCUCCUAUGGCCCCACAACCCGUCUUGCAAAGCGCUGGAUCCAUGCGCACAUGUUCUCGUCAUACGUGCCGGACGAGCUGAUUGACCUGCUGGUGCUGUCGCUGUACAACCACGAUCAGCCGUACGGCGCACCGGGCACCCCCGACGUGGGCUUUCUCCGCUUCCUCCACCUCCUCGCCUCCCACAACUGGAUCCACGACCCUCUCUUUGUCGACCCAGAUGCCUCGUUGCCGGAUGCCACCAAGGCCAGCAUUCGCGAGCGCUUCCGUGAACAGCGACAGAAGCUGCCCAUCAUGUUUGUUGCCACAUCAGUGGAUCCGGACUCUAUGUGGACGCGCGAGUCGCCAUCGAAGCUUGUGUUCCAGCGCCUUGUGCGGUUUGCGCGAAGUGCAGAGGAGGCUGCGGCUGCUGCGCUUCGCUCUGUUGGGGAUGGCCUUGUUGGCGGCACCGUCGGCAACGCCCUCACCAUCUUCUCCACGCCACUCGCCGCGUACGACGUUGUGUUUGACAUUGCCCCCGAGGCGCACGUGCGUCGCACACAGGCGCUGACUGGCACAGAUGAUGACACAUUGUCGUCGUCAUCGUCAGGUGGGGUGAGCAAGCCCAAGUUCAAGAACCUUGAGCUCAAGGGCAAGGUUGGCACGGGUCGGCCUGGCUGGGACCCUGUUGCGCAGCUCUUUGCAGACCUGCAGCGGCAGUUUAAGGACACGGUCAUGUUCUGGUACGACGAGCUCGGCGGUCCUGUCAUCUGCGCAGCCGUCAACCCAAAGGUGAAGCAGCCACAUCCGUUCAAGAUGACGCAGACUGCCGCCACGCGCAUGGAGAAGGAUGGCCAGCUUGUGUUUGAUAUGGAGUCGUUUGUCGCAGAGUGCAUGCAGCUUGGCACUGGCGUUCUUUCCAAGGCCACCAUUCAGGCGUAACUAACUCACCUCACAGCACUCGUGCUGCCCGCGUGUGUUUUUGUGUGUCUGCGAGAUUUUGUAUGUUGUGUGUUGUGUGUUGUGUGUUGUGUGUUGUGUCGUGGACUUACAUGGCUUUGCCCCCCUGCUCUGUCUCUCUUUUUUUGAGUACACCCACGCAAGCAAGGA